AGAAGGAUAUACCUUGACGAUCAUGGCUGCCAUCCACAAGACCAAUCCGUCUCUGCAAGUGACGGCAGAUCAUCAAAUCAAGAUGGCCGAAGCACCGAUUGAGAAACCAGGAUAUGGCGAAGUGUUGCUGCAUAUAAAGUGCACCGGUAUCUGCGGAUCAGAUAUCCAUUUCUGGAAGACUGGACGCAUUGGACCGUUGAUUGUGGAGAGCGAUUGUGUUUUGGGACACGAGGCUUCUGGUGUGGUGCUCAAGCUUGGAGAGGGAGUCAAGGAUUUUGUGGUUGAGUGGCAGUCGAACCCGGCAUGCCCUGUGACAACUGCUGGCUCUGCAGAGAAGGACGAUACAACCUUUGCGAAGACGUCAAGUUCUCCGGCGUGUGGCCUCACCACGGCACCCUCCAGCGCUUCAAAGUGCAUGCUGCAAAAUGGUUGCACAAACCAGAAUCCCCGACACGGUCAGUUUCGCCGAAGGCGUACUCCUCGAACCCCUCUCCGUCGUCCUCCACGGCAUCCGUCGCGCAGGCCUCACCCUCGGCCGCGGCGCCGUGAUCUGCGGCGCCGGCCCCAUCGGCCUAAUCGCUCUCCUCUCUUCCCGCGCCUCUGGCGCACACCCCUAGUAAUCACCGACCUGGAGCCCCAACGCCUGGCCUUUGCCAAAAAGCUCGUCCCCGAAUGCGAAACCUAUCAAGUCUCCCGAGACCUGAGUUCCGAAGACAAUGCAAAGGGUAUCAGAAGACUGUUUGGCGAGUCGGAGUAUGGGUGUCCGGAGACUGUGCUCGAGUGUACGGGAGUCGAGAGCAGUAUAGUUACUGCGGCGUUUGCUGUGAGGAGAGGAGGUACGGUGAUGGUCAUUGGAGUUGGAAGACCUGUGGUCAACAACAUACCUUUUAUGCACAUGAGUCUUGGUGAGAUCAAUCUCAAGUUCAUCAACAGGUAUACCGAUACCUGGCCUGCGGGCAUUGCGGCUGUUAAGGGCAAGUUGAUGGAUCUCAAGCCAUUGGUCUCGCAUGUGUUUCCAUUGGAAAAGGCAGUGGAUGCCAUGCACAUCUGCGCUGAUCUGAGUCAGGGCAGCAUCAAAGUGCAGAUUGUCGACGACGUCGAGAUUAAGCCCGAGGAUGUCGAA